GCUAACUAGGCUUAUUCAGUACAGAAGAUAAUUACUACAAUUUCCGCGUCUUUCUUUUUUCCCGCUCGCUCGGUCGCUUCCUUCGAUCUCCACUCCCAAUGGCGGAGGAGCAACCGCCGACGGCGCUGCUGCCUCUUUCGGACACAGGAUCGGAAGCCACGGCGGAACCAAGGCCGAUGAUAGAUUCUGAUGAUGAAUGUACAAGGCCGAGCCGCCAGCACGAGCAGCACCUUCCGACGAAGACGAAAAACUUGUUCGACAUCGAGGCCAGCGGCGGCCGCGACGUUCCAGCCCGGGCGGCGGACUGGGGGACGAUAAUGAGGCUGGCGUUUCAGUGCAUAGGAGUGGUGUACGGUGACCUGGGAACGUCGCCGUUGUAUGUUCUGCCUGGAAUUUUCCCCGACGGAAUCAAGCACAUGGAUGAUCUCCUCGGAGUGAUGUCCCUCAUUAUUUACUCCAUCCUCUUCAUCCCUCUGCUCAAGUACGUCCUCAUCGUCCUCUCUGCCAACGACAAUGGCGAAGGAGGAACAUUCGCCCUGUACUCGCUCCUCUCCCGCCACGCCAAGAUCAACCUCACGCCAACUCGCCAGAUCGAAGACCAGAACGUCUCCAACUACAACCUCCCAACCCCAAACCGCCGCAACCAGCGCGCUUCCACCCUCAAAUCCGCCCUCGAGACCAGCAAGCCGACAAAAUGCCUCCUCCUCCUCAUGACAAUGCUCGGCGUCUCCAUGCUAAUCGGCGACGGCAUCCUCACCCCGGUCAUCUCCGUCCUCUCCGCCGUCAGCGGCGUCAAGCAGGCCACCGCCGCCCUCGACGACGCCGCCGUCAUGUGGAUCUCCGUCGCCAUCCUCGUCCUCCUCUUCCAGUUCCAGAGAUUCGGCACCGAUAAGGUCGGCUACACGUUCGCCCCUUUCCUCGUCCUCUGGUUCUUCUUCCUGGCGGCGAUCGGGAUCUACAACUUCGUCAGGUACGAUCCGGCGGUCGCGCUAGGGUUCAAUCCGUGGUACAUCGUCAGCUACUUCGAGAGGAACGGGAAGCGGGCUUGGGCUUCGCUGGGAGGUGUGGUCCUCUGCUUGACUGGGGCCGAGGCCCUGUUUGCUGAUUUGGGCCAUUUUCAUAUCCGGUCCAUUCAAAUCAGCGCCUGCUCUGUUUUGAUACCGUCGAUACUGCUGGCGUAUUUGGGACAGUGCUCUUACCUGCGUGUCCACCCUCAGGAUGUCGCCACUGUCUUCUACAGCUCCAUCCCUGAUUGCAAACCGUUGUACUGGUCGCAGUUCGUGGUGGCGGUGCUGGCGGCGGUGAUAGCGAGCCAGGCGAUCAUAUCGGCGUCGUUCUCGAUCGUGCAGCAAGCAAUGGCGAUGGGUUGCUUCCCGAGGGUGAAAGUGGUUCAUACCUCGGCCAAGUACGAAGGGCAGGUUUACAUCCCAGAGAUCAACACUUUCCUCAUGCUGGCUUGUGUUGCGGUUACCCUUGGCUUCAAAAACACCGUGAAGAUUGGCAAUGCCUAUGGAAUUGCGGUAGCGAUGGUGUUCGUGCUCACGUCGUGCUUCAUAAUCUUGAUAAUGGUGCUGAUAUGGAAGACCCACUUCGCACUGAUACUCCUCUACUGCCUCACCAUCGGCCUCAUCGAGCUCGCCUUCCUGUCCUCUGUCCUCUACAAGUUCGACCAAGGCGGGUACCUUCCUCUGGCCUUCGCACUCAUCCUCGUCUCGAUCAUGCUCGUGUGGAGCUACGGCUACCACAAGAAGUACAGCUACGAGCUUCAGAACAAGGUAUCUCCCGACCAGCUGGCGCGAAUCGUCACAGAUCCAAAAAUCCUCCACGUUCGAGGAUUGGGGCUGUUCUACACCCAGCUGGUUCAGGGCGUUUCCCCUGUAUUCACCCACUAUGUAGCCAGAGUACCCGUCCUUCACUCGGUCUUGGUGUUCAUCUCCAUCAAGUUCUUGCCCAUCAGCAGGGUUCCCUUGGAGGAGAGGUUUGUCUUUGAGGAGGCCUUCAAGUCGGAAAGGCAGCUGAUCUUUCGGUGCGUGGUGAGGUAUGGGUACAAGGAUGCAAGGAAGAAGGAAGAUGGGUUUGAAGGGAUGUUGGUGAGGAGGUUGAAGGAGUUCAUCGAGACCAGUACUGUGAGAGAUGAUGUUGAUGAAGGAGUCGUCGAAGGAGAAGGAGCCAUGGAGGUUGGGAGGCAUAUUGGGAUGGUUGAUGAGGCGAUUAGGGUUGGAGGGGUUGUUUAUGUGCUGGGGGAGAGCCAGAUUACGGCGGCCGCCGCCACCGGCGGAGAGGAGGGGAGGAAAGAUUGGAGGCUGUACAUGAAGAAAAUGACGUUGGGUUGCUUGUAUAACUGGUUGAGCAGGUGCGUGAGGCAACCUGAUGAAGUUUUCAUGAUUCCUCGGCAGAGCCUCCUCAAGGUUGGGAUCACCUACGAGGUCUAGCAUUCAUGUGUUCCUUUCAGAAAGAAUACAAGUUAAAGAUAGUAGGAAAACUUUUCUUCUGGAUGAAUAUUUUAUAGGACAGUGAAACUUAUUAGUUCCAUACCAUUGAAUUUCGUUGAUUGUAUUCUUGCAAGCUUAAUGGUUGGAAUAUAUAUGAUUAUAAUCGUUGUUGAGGAAUGUGUUUUUUAUUAUCGAGAUGUUUUAGUUGUCACUAUUACCGCGUCCAGAUUAAACCGACCAGUUAAAUAAAUUGGUGACUAUCUA